CAAAUACAAGUGUGUGUGUGUGUGUGUGUGUGUUUCUGAAACAGAAGGAGGAGAUUCACGCGAUGAAAAAACACCCAUUCUUUCAGAGUUUCUCUCGCAGCAGAAGUGCGGUCUGAAAGCAGCGUCCCGCUGAAAGAAAAUGAAGCGCAGAAAUAACCGAGAUGUUACAGAGACAUACUUUGAGGGACAACAUUUGAGUCUGUCAGAUCUAAAAGAAAUUAAAAUAGAGAAUGGGUACCUGUAUAAAGGCAACAUUCCUACUUAUCCCAAAUCUGUGGAGUUCCACGCCCAGAAAUUGUCUCAUGUCACUGGAGAACAAGGUCUUAGGGGUAUUUUUCUCAAUUCAGGCUUCAGACAGCCGUCGGAGCUGGUGGCUAGUGAUCAGCACCAUUUCCUCUGGUGGGAUUUAUCAGUCACAUCUGAUGACAUAUCCUCAGCUGAAGAGCAUUUCCUCACGUCCUUGUUCCCUCAUCGAAGUGCUGCCCAAAUUCGCAACCAGUCGCCCAUCCUUGAGCACUUCACCAGCUCAAAGGCCUUCCAGAAAGAAUCUUCCUAUGGAAACUUUCGCUUCACUUUUUCAUUUAGGGAGCUUCUCUGGCACUAUGGUAGGCAAUACUGUGGUGGCCAAAGUCCAGUCCUGCGUGUUUAUGAGACUGUGCUCUACCGGCGAGAGAUUCUCUAUAAGGUGUUAGUGCACCCUCCUGACAUAAAUCUUUAUGACCAUUUUCCUCGACUUCCUGGUCAGGAGGACGGUGUGUGUGGGUACUAUGAUGGGGCCAUGUGGUGGCGCUGUCAAGCCCCCUCUGAAACCUACAAGCUGAAGCUUGAGGUGAACAAGUUGAAUUGUAGUGUUCAUGUGAGCCCCCACAGAGAAGAAUACUAUGUGUGGGACCAUGUGUGUGUAGUUUUCCACAUGGAACCAGGGUGGGUGUUGCAUGUGGACCAGAACAAGCUGUUAAAAAGUGUAAAUGCAUGUGAAAUGUCUCAACCUUGUCUUCUGAGAGCUCCGGAGACUCCACUGAGCUUAAACGAGGCUGAGCAUGUAUUAGCUAAUCUUAAGGCCAGUAUGGGCUAGGCUAAUGCUUGAAGCUAAACCCACUGCAGUCCACGCAGAUGUCACAUUCACGUGCAGUAGAAGCUAAAUAGUAAUGUCACUCAUGUUAGUUUAAUUAAAAUGCUUAAAGUGCACAAUGUAAGAAACGUUUGUGAACCCUGUUGUGUAUAUUGUAUUUCUGUUGCAUUAAUGGCUCCUAUCAGAUAGCAUUGUACACUGCUGUGAAAUUAAAAGGUUUUAACUAACAAA